CGAACAUCAAUGGCAUACCAAGACGUGCAUGAUAACGAUCCGGACUUUGAAAAUUUAGGAGAUAAUAUAGAUUAUUCUGAUAGAUUUGUUACCGAUAGAGAAUUUGAUUCUGUAGAUGAUUUACAUACUUGGGCUAAUGAGAUAGCACUAACAAUUGGAUUUCAAUUUACACGUGCUUCAUAUAAAAAAAAAGAAGGGCGUUCUAGAGUGAGUCUGUACUUAAGAUGUCACCGUUACGAUAAAAGAAGUGUUGAUUUGCAUAACUUAGACAAUGCUCCCCGACCAGGUUCCAAAAGUAGGGGUUGUGGGUGUAAAUUUAUGAUUUUAGGAACUAGUCGUAACCCAAAGGAAAGACCUUGGACGGUUAGAGUGUUUCCUGGUGAAAAAGGAAUACAUAACCAUCCGUUCUUCAUGUACAUAGAUGGUCAAAUAAGAGUAAAUAGGAUGACUGUGGAUAUCAGGCAGCACAUACGAGAUCUAAGUGCAACUGGCAUGCAACCAGCAUUUAUAAUGUCUUCAAUUAGAAGAAAUUUUCCUCGUUUUUAUGCUAGUAUGAAUCAAAUUUACAAUGAGAGAUAGUCAAUGAGGAGAGAAGAGAUGGAUGGUAGGACUCCUCUUCAACACUGUCUGUAUAUGGCCACGGAGCAUAAUUAUGUAGUUUGGAGGGACUUGGAUAGUGAGGAUCAGUUGACUAGAUUAUUGAUUGCGAAUCCAACUUCUAUCCAGAUGCUACGUUCGUGGCCCCAUGUUGUGUUGAUAGACACAACGUACAAAACGAAUAAGCAAAAGUGGCCCCUUUGCGAAAUCAUUGGAAUGACGCCAACGAAUCAUAAUUUCUUGGUUGCAUUAUGUUUGAUGCGAGAUGAGGCGGCUGUGUCUUAUUCUUGGGUGUUGGAGAGGUUGAGGGAUAUUUACGGGACAGUGCAGACGCCGGAUGUAAUCGUAACGGAUCGGGAUGAGGGUUUGUCUGCAGCUAUUCAUGCUGUCUUUCCAGAUGUACGACAUCUAUUAUGCGUAUGGCAUAUUGGCAAUGACGUGGAGAACAUGGUCGAUAAAUUGUGUGGCGGCAAGAAAAAUCAACAGGGCCAGUUAUUCAGGCAAACAAAAUGGAACCCCUUGGUUAACAGUAUGACGAUCGCCGAUUUUGAAAACAGAUGGGAAGGGAUUGUGUCCACUUGGUCGACUAGGAACCGGAGAGUCGUGCAAUAUUUGGCAGGAACAUGGAUUCCUCACAAAGAGAAAUUUGUGCGUGCGUGGACGAAUGAUUGUUUGCACUUGGGUAACCAGACUACCAGUAGAGUUGAAAGUCAACACUCUUCCUUCAAGUACUACUUGGGUAGCGGUAAUAGCUCAUUCGAUACGCUGUUUAAAAGGGCGCACGCACAAAUUACGAAUCAACAAUCAAAAAUAAGACAAGCUCUUGAGGAAUCUAAGAAUUCCAUUUCAAGAACGUCGCGACUAAAUUUUCUACGACCGUUGUAUCGUCAUGUUUCUAUAUUUGCCUUGGAACUAUUGAUGAUGGAGCACAACCGGAUGCUAACCCUGGGCAGUUGUCUUUUAGAAAAAUGCGGUUGUGUCAUUCAAAAAACCCACGGAUUACCAUGCGCGUGUUACUGUUACUUGUCUAUCAGGUCUAAUGGUGCUUUGUACUUGGACGAUAUACAUCCGUUUUGGAAAACGUUAAAGUAUUUAGAUGCAGAAGAAGACGCGAACGAAGAAGUACGGCACGCAAACGCCGAUGAUAAAGAGUACUUUCAAUCGUUGGUGGAUGAAGUUUUAAAAUCCGACCCCUCAGUACUACGACGCGUCUCUCAGGUACUUGAACAUGAGCUGCACCCCGAUGGUGACGACAUACCUGAGCCCGAAGCAAGUCCACCGAGGAAAGGAAGACCAAUGACAAGCAGAACCUUGAGGAGAAACAAAAGUGCGUUUGAGUACAGUAGAUCGUCCUCAAGGGGUCGCGGAUCAAGAUCAUCAUCACGCGGGAGAUCCAGUGGUAGAUCAAGCAGCCGGUCGCAUCAAUCGUCAGUUGGAAUUAACUUCAGUUUCAACUUAUCAGAUGGUGCAGCAGGUCGUGAUUUUUCACUUUUUCCGUGGCCAGAUCACAUUCCAUUUAUUCUUCCGCCAUAUCUGUUUGAUUGGAUUGAUGUUAUAGGUGACGGUAAUUGUGGAUUUAGAGCUAUUGCCGCCACAGAGUUAGGGGGUGAGGAAGCAUGGCCUCUGUUACGACGUGCAAUGAGUUUGGAAAUGGAAACGCAUAGAGAACAAUAUGCACGCUUAUAUUUAUCAGCAGAUUCGGUGGAGGAAGCUAUAUUCAGAGUUGGUGCCCACAAUAAAGGACCUGCUCCGUACGAUCACUGGUUGGAAGCGACAACACUGUAUUCUGCAGCAACAUUUUUAAACAUAGCAAUUGCGUAUUAUGGCUCUGCGGAUGGUCAUCCAAUGUACAAUUGUUUAGUGCUUCCUUUAAGAAGAACAGGGGGAAUGCAUGGCGUAAAUAAACUUAUACAUAUUCAUUGGAAAGACAAUAUCGUAAUAGGAUAUCACUUUGGAGUAGAAUGUGCAACAUACAACGACAACAGCAUAAUAACACCGCCGGAGACGCGGUGA